GAGGGCGCCCAGGGAGGGGCUGCUGGCUUCAGAUUCAGUCCUGCUGACCGUGCCGGACUCAUGGACGACACCUUUCAUUUGGCCAGACAGGGCUGGGUACCCUACGGUGAUGCCUUCACCCUCAGCAUGUACAUGCACAGAGAGGAAGAGUACCUACCCAUCACUGUCUUCAUCAACCACAUCAGCAAGAUGAUAGUCCAGUUCUCCUUCAACCAACAAGCCUGCAUCUCCAGGCUGCUCAGGGAGCACCUGUGGAGAGUGUUGGGGCGCCAGGCACGUUCUGAGCGCUGGGAGGAAGGGGGGUCCCUGCCGGCCCAGAGCAGGAGAGUCCGUUUGCUGGAUCUGGCUCUGAGAGGAGGGCUAUGGCCCGAGGCAGAACAGGAAGCGCUCAGACUCUUCCACUUCUGGAUGGCAAAAGACGGACAACACCCGCUGCCCAUGUCUCUGCGGGGGUUGAUAUUCCGCGUGGGAGUGUGGAGAGGAGGGUAUGCUGAGUGGAUCUUCCUAUUACAGCAGUACCGACUCAGCCAGUCCGGUAAAGACCAGGUCACCAUGCUGGCUGCCCUUUGCCGAACCACCAACCACACCAACAUACUAUGGCUGCUCAACGCCUCCCUACAAAACCACAUAAUAAAGACACAGGACUUCAAAGUUGUAGUGGAUCAGCUGGCGUUUCGGCCAAAAACCAACGAGAUGCUGUGGAGAUUCAUUCAGCAGCACUGGGACCAACUGGUGUCAAAGUUUCCUUUGGGGUCAUUAUAUCUGUCAGAUAUUGUGACAGCGACCACGUCUCAUUUCAACUCCACCCAGAAAUAUGAUGAGGUGUAUGAGUUCUUUGUGACUCAGAGGAGUCUGGGCCACCUGUCAUUCGUGCAGCAGUCUCUGGAGAUGAUCAAGUUGAACAUGAGGUGGCUUCAGGCCAACACGAAGGCCAUUCAGUCCUGGCUACAGCAGACCUAUCCCGUCACCUACUCAGCGUACCCACUCUGUAAGAAGGAAGUCACCUACCGCUUCAAAUGGGGAACCACUAUUAGAUUUCGUGCUUAGGAUCCUGGUCAAUUAUCAUUUGAUUUUGGGAUUGUGUGUGUAAAUGUAAGAGUGAUGUAGACCGACCACAUAUCACAUGUUCAAACAGAAAAAUUCUGCCCACUCUGAAUUUGAUGCCAGCCACGUUUCAAAAAAGCAACAGAGGACUGUACGUUGUGUGAUGCAUCUGGGAAGGCACCAUAAAUGCUGAAAAUUUUUUGCAGCAACGUGAUGCUAUCCAGACAAUGUCUUUUUUCAUGGAAGUCCUUGCUUGUUUCAGCAAGACAACGGCAAACCACAUUCUGCACGU